GCCAUUUAGAUGUGUUUUCCGAACGCAGCGCGGGCAUCCGCCGCGGGCUGCCGGCACGUGCCCCGCGCGUAUCGUGACAACGGGUUCGAGGGACGAGGGUCGAGGAAAUUCGAGCACCGGAUUGACCGGAUGGAUUUGUCGGACUGGGGUGGUCACUGGUCGACGGGACGACGGUCGUACGGUAAGCUUCCGCGAGGGCUCCGCACUUCGCGUCGACGUGACGUCGCGACGGCGGCGCGGCGCGCGGUUCCUUUCUUCUCGCUGAACCGACACCCCUUCUCCGGAGUCCCCGGCACGACAGGUCUUUCAGGUUAUGUCGUGCCCUGCCCUCCGCUCGCUUGGCGGGAGAUGCGGCACGCGGUCGACGUCGCUAUCUCGUGGAGUCUAGAUCGUCUUCCUGCCGGCGCGGCACGGCGCGGACCCUCGCCCUUCUUUUAGCGCGUUUUUAACCUUCCUCCCUCCCUCCCCACGCGACAUGGAGCCCGAUCGGAACGCGGCGUUCGAUUCCGUGGCCGUGUUCGCCCCGGUACUUUUAAUCCUCGCUACGUGCUUGACGGUCUUCCACAGGCUGAGGGCGAGAUGGCCCGUGAAGGUAAACUGCUGGUUUUGCAACGAGAACACGAAGGUCUGGCGGCAGAAUCUGGGCUGGUGGUUGUGCCCUUGGUGCGAACAGUACAAUGGUUUUUCCAAGAAUGGCGAUUACGCGUAUGAUAUUCCGGAGCAGUAUGCAACGUCGAACGUACGUACGAGAUACUGCAGACUGUCCGAAGGAAGUGACAAUCGUCACGGCCUCGAGGGCAAGCUCUGUGAGUACUGCAACAAGCGGGAGAGUCUGAAAUUGUCGGAGCUGUCAAACUUCGAGCCCAAGAGCAAGAGGCUCUUCGACACGGAGCUGAAGGCGUUUAAGGAGCACCUGGAAGUGAGAUAUCCGCUAUGCGACAGCUGCAAAUUGACAGUGCGGGAUGCGUUGCGCAGGCAGGCAGUGUGGCUGACUCGUUAUAAGAUGCUGUUCUUCAGGCAGAAACCAAUUAAGACGCUUGUCGGCAACGCAAGAAAGUCGGAAAGCAUUUUCCGAGCUGUCUCGAUGGUUCAACUCGCGAUACUUGUGUACAACCACGACUUCGUUUGGCUGCCAAUCGGGGGACUGUUCUUUCACCUGUGCGCUUAUUGGGCGAGCUCAACGAGGAACAGGAGUUCCGAUGUGUUAUUGAUACUUUUAUGGUUCUGCCUUAUUAUCCUCGUGUCCGUCAAGAGUUCGGCGACUCUUCUAAGUGCUUGGCUCACAACGGAGCACAUCGCGCAAUACCGCAUGAUAGCGGUGUGCGCAAUUGUUAUAGCUUUGGUGAGCCUAAGAUCCGGUAUAAAAUGUAUCCGGUAUAAAAAUACAUUGACCGGCUCAGUGGUGUUCAAGAAGAUCAAGUUGCGCUCACAAAACGCUGCCUCGCCUCAACUUGCGUGUAACAAUCAAAGCGGAAACAGUAUCGUUCCAAGCGAAAUGAACGACAGUAUUAAAUCGUCGGUCUACGCGACGAGUGAAUUGUCUUCCACUGAAAUCAAAUUCAGCAAGUCGCAUUCAGCAAUACUGAGACAGAAACUGUCUACGAUCACUGCAAACGAGGGUAACAACGGUUACGUGAACUCCAUUUCUCAAAAUGAGAAUAGUCUACCGGACUGCUGCUUGAACGACAGCCUGAGCACUCUUCUCCUGAGCGAGGAGUCGCCGAGGUGCGGCAGGAACGCGAAGGUAGCGCCGGCGAUCUUCGAGCGAAGGAUAUACAACGCGACGAGCUCCGAGAAUCUGUUCAGGAGAUCCGGCGGCGCGUACAGCAAGAGGAGGUGCAUCCUGUCGCCGCCGAAGCUCAGAUCGGUGACGCAGACUUCGUGGGUGGCGGGCGGUUACUGGCAGGAGGGUAUGAUGACCGCCACGCCGCCGACGCUCUCGCGGUCGUCCAGCCAGAGCUCCGGCUUCGGCUCGGUCGGCUCCUCCAAUCUCGCGCCCUCCCGCGAGCCGUCCGUGCACGAGUUCGACCGGUGCUCCGUCGUGUCGGAGGCCACGCGAUGGUCGUGCCAGACGGCGCGUCCGGGCCCGGUCGCGAGGCACGACUCGCCGGUGCCCUGUCCACAGUCGCGGUACUCCGACGCGACGGGGGGUCACUCGCGAUCGGUGCUGUCGUCGCCGACGAUUCGCGCGACGCACAACGCAGACAAUCACAAUCAGGUCCAGGAGAGCUGCGUUCGCGGACCGAACGUCGAGGAUAGAAACGGCUCGGUGCCGGUGUACGCCGGUCAUCACACGACGACGGUCAUCGCGAGCCCCGGCUGGCUGUCCGCGCUGCUCUGCGGCUCGCUGAUACUGAAUAUGAUAGUGCUGUGCACUAUGCUGUUACGUUAACGUCGCGACGACCGGAAUCGCCGCGCGCCGGCUCGUUGUGUGUUCACGCGGUAAAUUUUUAUCAAUCGCCACAACUAUUUAUGUGAUCGCUAGCGUUAAUUGAACCUCGAGUAAUCGGCGAGUGCGGUCGACUCGACCGGGGAAGAUCUUUCAAUAAUACAUCGUUUUUCUUUCUUCCUAAUCUCGCAUGCGAUUUUCUACUGCCGAUUUCUUAGAGUCUAAAGAUUUAAUCUUCCGAUCUUGGGAUUACUUGGGAAAUACUUAGAGAUGGUACAAUUACUGCCAAUUAAGGGAUGAGCACAAUGUUCCAUUCUACUGCCGGGAAAACAGGAAAUACGACGUUACACACUGCCAAUAUACUUGCUCGUCGAACAUAUCUGCCAGUCUGCGCCUCUUUUUUUCUUUUAUUGGAUAUCCUUAGAGAGACACACACUGCCACGUUUUAUCCUCUGGCCGUCUCGAAUAUUUUGUAUAGAUUACUGUAUAGAUUAUCUUCUCUUCCGUAUUUAUGUGAACAUUCGUCCGCUCGGUUUCUUUAAUCACCUUUUCCCCCUGCAAGUACACGCCCGUUUGCCAUUUUUGUCGAGACGGUGGUCUCUCGGAUCUUUAUUGCUCCGACGUAGGGCUGGACUUUACGGGGCUUCUCGCUCAAUGUCGAUUUUGUGAAUGCGUAAACGUAUGCCUCUACGCAUUCCGAGUACGAUACAUUUUUCGAAUUUCUCGCGUCUCAUCUUUUGGAAGUAAUUUUGCGCGAAGGGGAAAUCGCCGCGCGGUGUCUCGCAAUGUAUCGUUUUUCGUUUGUAUCGAGUGCGCACCGAAUAAAGCACUUCAUACAACGCUUUUCCCCUUUGUAUGGAAUUAUUUCGGAGAGGAUGGGACGCGCGAAUGCCUUUUUCACGUUCUGUAAUCAUUUAUGAAAACUUUAAGCCUCAGUGAGAAAUACGUACGUAGCUGUAGUGAUAAGUAUAAUUUGUUUACGCGUUACGCGCCAAAUGUCUCGUUUUUUUACGUGUAAUAUUUAUCGGCAAAAAAAAGACCGAUUGUACAUAUACAUACUGCCGGGAACUUUGUAAAAAAAAAAGGAAAGAUGCGCGCUCUACGACAGGCGCACGUAUGUAGGUCUCUUCUUAGCCUGUGGACUGGGAAACUUGUUGUAAUAAUCAUGUUGUUUAUUGUAUUCCAAUUAUUGUAUGUUUUGAUAUCUACUGAUAUUGUACAAUUCUAUCGAUAAGAAUAAAACGUGAACUUUUACAAUACGA